AUGUCUUCCAAGUCACAUCUAGAGCUAUUUACUCCCAAUUCUACCCCAAGCCAACUCUCCUCCUUCACGCUUUUCUCCAAACUUCCAUAUGAGAUACGUAUCGCUAUAUGGAAGAGCUCGUUGCAGGUCCAGAGAAUCAUCAAAAUACAUGUCCAUUGUCACAUGCAAUAUGUUGCAAACCGCGUUUAUAAUGGCCUCCCUGUCCCGCCGAUGGAGCGUGGGAAGGACGGUCCAGCUUAUUACCCCCUCGUUCAAGGGUUUCAGGUCUUGAGCAAGCUACUUAGAGUUACCCAAGAGUCUAGAGAAGCUGCACUGGCAUUCUAUCGGGUUCGAGUACCGUGCUGGUUGACACAUAGUUUAACAAAGAGCAAUCUAUGGGUUCCAGGCGAGAUGUACUACAACCCGGAAUAUGACUUUCUUCAUCUUCAGCAAGACAACGUGGACAUUAUCGAGUUUAUUUGCAAGCUCAAGACUGUUUAUGACCCCCGCCAUAUUGUUCUACGUAACUUGGCACUCUGCAGAAGCGUACUUGAUAAAUGCACACAAAGUCUUCACGCGAUAGAUCCUACAACAAUCAGUCCUGAAGUGUUACUGACUUUCCGACAAAUAAUCAGCGGACUAGAAGAAGUCUGGUUCGUUUGUAUCCAGCGUGUCAAUCGACAGGUUAUGACCUACGAGACUGGGCGGCCGAGCAUUUUCAAAACCUCCUUUGAACGAUCCGUUCCCAUCACCGGCAUGCCCCUCCAGUUCGAUCGGAUAGGUCCGGAUCCUCGCGCCAUUAGCAACGACUUGGGUCAUCUCCAUCUUUUAAAUCCGAACUAUCUAUACAAUUCCUGGGAGAAGAUGAUCGAGAAGUUCGACAUCGAACCACCAGGGAUACAACAUCGGUUCUUAUCCGCUUUCAGCCCAUUUCGCGUCGAAAUCUACAACCGCGCUGACGCUUCAAACUGGCUGCAGAAGUAA